AAUACUGUUUAAUUGAAAAAUUGACACUUUUAUUGUAUUUAUGAAACUUUUUCCCUUAUCAAGUAUCUACUACUUUUUGGGUUAGUUUCAAUAAUUUCAUUUUAUCAAAUGCAGUUGGCAAAAGCUUGUGUUUGAAAGAAAAUGUCUCUCAAUUGGAUACUAAUUAUAGUAAUCCUAAUUUGUCAGUUUUCCAAUGGUUUCAUUCAUCCGAAACUUGAAGAAGUUCUUAAUUUCAAUCUUCAAAGAAUUCCUUAUAUUCGUUUUCAAUUACGAGAAGGUAUCAACAGUGACUUCGACAAUAUAUACGUUGAAUAUUUUCUAAAACAAAAAAUUUGUCCAUUAAUUAUAUCAACUUACACUAUAAAUGUUACCAAGGCUCUUCCAAAAUUAAGGGAAAAUUUUAUAAUAGUAUCAAACAUGGAAAAUUUGAAAACAUCAGUUAAACUGUUUUCACAAAAAGCUGGAAUGUUUUUUAUCAUCAUUACCGAUACUAUCGAUCUUUCAGCAUUCAAUCGAAUUUUCGGAAAACGAUGGAUGUUGGGAAUUUAUCGAUUAAUUCUACUAACAUUGGAUGGAUUGAUGAUUUAUAAUCCAUUUAAGUUCAAUGAGAUCACUGGAGAUUUUGGUGGUAUUGAAGAAUUUGAAGGGAAGAAUGUGAUAACUCUGUUUGAUAAUAUGAACGGAUAUCCACUGAGAGUUCAAUUGUUCAAGUCGGUCUAUGCAAGACCAAAUUAUAAUACAAUUUUAAAGAAAAUGGUCAGUGUUGAAGGAGCUGAUGCUCAAGUUGCCUUAGAGUUGCAGAAAUACAUGAAUUUCACUAUGAUAUUUCAGAAACCGUCCAGGGAUUACUUUGGAGAACGUUCUCCAAACAAUUCUUCGUACAAUGGAGCUAUUGGAAUGAUCAUUAACUCCGAGACCGACAUUUGUAUGACUGGGUUCUUCAUUAAAGACUACCAUGUCCCGAUAUGCCAAGUUUUGCGAAUCUGUACUGAUACCUGGGUUAUUUGGGUAAAAUCCUACAUCACAAGAUUUCCUCCAUUCAACUCGGAAAGAAUAUUUUUGUUAUCAAUUUGUUUGGUGAGUGUCAUUCUUGGAGCAAUAAUUGAAUCCAGUUUGGCUACUGUUUAUAUUCAUCCAAUUUACUAUCAAGACAUUAAUACACUUGGUGAGCUAGAAGAAAGUGGAUUGGAUAUCGUUUACAAAUUCACAGGAUUCAAGGAUGAUUUUUUCUUCAGUGAAACCUCACCUCUGUUUGCUGCUCUAAAUAAAAAGUUAAAGUAUAUUCCUAAUUUAGAUGCAGAUUUGAUACCAUUUUUAGCAAAUAAUAGAGGCUUUGCUAGUAUCAGUCGAUAUUCUUCAUUGAUUAUGGAAUCAAUUGGACAUCUAGUGUCGAAGAGAAUUCAUAUUGUUCGUGAGUGUCCAAAGCAUUAUAUGAUUGCUUAUAUUAUGCCCAAGGAUUCACCAUUUGCUGAAAAAAUCAAUGAAUUGUUGUUGCGGUUUUUGAAUGCUGGUUUAAUAAAUAAAUGGAUAAAUGAUAUGCAUGUUAAAGCUCAUAGAUUGAUUUUUAAAGAAAUAAUUUUCGAGGAAGAUUCAGUAUUCAAAAUUCUUACAUUGGCUGACUUACAAAUGGCUUUUUAUGUGAGAUAA